CCCGCCGCGCCCAUCGCCCGUGGCCUCGGAGCGGCGGGAGGAGAGGGGCCGAUCCCGGGUACCGAGCCUUGCCAUGCCGCAGCGAACCGCCUCCCCGCCCGGCUGGCGGAGCGCGGCGGCCCCGGGGGCGGCCGUGGCGGGGCUGGCGGGGCUCCGGGCCGCCGUCGUGCUGCUGGGCGCCGUGCUGGGCGCCCGGCCGGGGCGGGCGCAGCCCUUCUUCCCCUUCCAGGACCCGGCUCUGCCCUGGCACUGCCGCCUCGACGACCUGCUGGGCCGGCUGAGCCCCGCCGAGCUGGUUCUGCAGGUGGCGAGGGGGGGCGCGAUGGGGAACGGCCCCGCGCCCCCGGUCCCGCGGCUGGGCAUCGCGCCCUACAACUGGAACACCGAGUGCCUGCGGGGCGAUGCGGAGGCGCCCGGCUGGGCCACGGCUUUCCCACAGGCGCUGGGGCUCGCCGCCGCUUUCAGCCCUGAACUCAUCUACCAGAUGGCCAACGCCACCGCCACCGAGGUGAGAGCCAAGCACAACCACUUCGCUGCCGUCGGCCGCUACAGUGACCACACGGGGCUCAGCUGCUUCAGCCCCGUCCUGAACAUCAUGAGGCACCCGCUGUGGGGCAGGAACCAGGAGACCUACGGGGAGGACCCGUUCCUGAGCGGGGAGCUGGCCCGCAGCUUUGUGCAGGGGUUGCAGGGCCAGCACCCCCGAUACAUCAAGGCCAGCGCUGGCUGCAAGCACUUCAGCGUGCAUGGGGGCCCCGAGAACAUCCCCGUCUCCAGGCUCAGCUUUGACGCCAAGGUACUAGAGCGGGACUGGCGCACCACCUUCCUGCCCCAGUUCCAGGCAUGUGUGCGUGCUGGAUCCUACAGCUUCAUGUGCAGCUACAACAGGAUCAACGGCGUUCCCGCCUGUGCCAACAAGAAGCUGCUGACAGACAUCCUGCGUGGCGAGUGGGGAUUUGAGGGCUACGUGGUGAGCGAUGAGGGAGCGCUGGAGCUCAUCAUGCUGGGGCACCACUACACACGUACCUUCCUGGAGACGGCGAUCGCCUCGAUGAAUGCUGGCUGCAACCUGGAGCUUUCCUAUGGCAUGAGGAACAACGUCUUCAUGCACAUCUCCGAGGCUCUGGUCAUGGGCAACAUCACGCUGCAGAUGCUCCGUGACCGGGUCCGGCCCCUCUUCUACACACGGAUGCGGCUGGGAGAGUUCGACCCCCCAGACAUGAACCCCUACAGUGCCUUGGACCUGAGCGCAGUGCAGAGUCCCGAGCACCGCAACCUCUCGCUGGAAGCUGCUGUCAAGAGCUUUGUGCUGCUGAAGAAUGUGCGGGGGACGCUGCCUCUCCGGGCCCAGGACCUACCUGGCAAGCACCUUGCGGUGGUGGGUCCCUUCGCUGACAACCCCCAGGUGUUGUUUGGGGACUAUGCGCCGGUGCCGGAGCCGCGGUACAUCUACACGCCCCGGAGAGGGCUGGAGACGCUGCCGGUCAAUGUCAGCUUCGCGGCAGGCUGCCGUGAGCCGUGGUGCCAGCAGUACUCGCGGGCGGAGGUGGUGCGUGUGGCGGGGGCAGCUGACAUGGUGGUGGUCUGCCUGGGGACAGGGACGGAUGUGGAGACGGAGGCAAAGGACCGGAGGGAUCUGUCCCUGCCAGGCCACCAGCUGGAGCUGCUGCAGGAUGCCGUGCAGGCGGCUGCUGGGCGCCCUGUCAUCCUGCUGCUGUUCAAUGCGGGGCCCCUGGACGUGAGCUGGGCGCAGGCACAUGAGGGCGUGGGAGCCAUCCUGGCGUGCUUCUUUCCUGCCCAGGCUGCCGGCCUUGCCAUCGCCAGGGUUCUGCUGGGCAAGGCAGGGGCCAACCCAGCCGGCAGGCUGCCUGCCACGUGGCCCGCAGGCAUGCACCAGGUGCCGCCGAUGGAGAACUACACCAUGGAGGGGCGGACGUACCGGUACUACGGGCAGGAGGCCCCGCUCUACCCCUUUGGGUACGGGCUGUCCUACACCACUUUCCAGUACCAGGACCUGGUGCUGAGCCCCCCAGUGCUGCCCAUCUGUGCCAACCUCUCCGUGUCUGUGGUACUGGGGAACACGGGGCUGCGGGACGGCGAGGAGGUGGUACAGCUGUACCUGCGGUGGGAGCAAUCGUCCGUGCCGGUGCCCCGGUGGCAGCUGGUGGCUUUCCGCCGUGUGGCUGUGCCGGCUGGCCGGGAGACCAAGCUGUCCUUCCAGGUGGUGGCCGAGCAGCGUGCCAUCUGGGCGCAGGACUGGCGCCUCGAGCCUGGCACCUUCACCCUCUUUGCUGGUGGGCAGCAGCCGGGCCAGCAGACACGGGUGCCCUCGGAGGUGCUGAGCGCGCGGUUCACCGUCACCGGCGCAGCCCGGCCCCUGCGCGGGUGCUAGAGGUGGGGGCGGCCGCGGGGCUGGGCAGCCUGGGGUGCUGGUGGAGGGAAGGCGUGGAAGCCAUCCUGUGUGCUGCAGGGAGCGCGGUUGUCUGCCUUGCAAUAAAGUGCUGGGUGCUGCUCCG